ACACCCAGCACGCAGCGAUUUGACGUUUGAUCUCGUGCGAAAGAGGACGUGUGUGCGCUCUUGUGUGAUGUGCGGAAAAAGCUUUCCAACCGUGCCUAGUAGCAUCAUAGAUCCUUUUUCUUUAGUUUUAUAAUUUUUGGUCGCCACAUUUUGGGGGAAACCGGGAGGAGAGCGUGCAAUAAAGCGUACAACGAAAGAGCGAGAGACAGAGAGGGAAGGAGAGAAGAACACACACACAGAAACUGCGUGCGGGGGUGUGCUGUUAAAUUGAAGCAAAGCAAAGGCCCCACCGAAAACCGAACGGUGGUGGGCACGUACUUGCGCGUGCCUGUGUGUGUGUGUAUGUAUGUGAGUGUUUGUGUGUGCGUGCACGCCGGACCCGUUCUGGCCAAGUUGAUGCCCACUUCUGUUUCCCCCGCCCCCACCACUCCCCAAUCCCACUAAUGCUGGCUUGUGUGUUGGUGGAAAAAUCGCCUGAUGAUGAGCGCCGCCGUACCAAAUUGGUGUCCGGAUUUUUGGAAAAUAGCAGCCUAGCCGUGCAGCCGUGAUUGUGCGUUAACCACCCUCCCACCCAUACUCCAACCCUCAUCACCCCGCUGCGCGAAGAGAGCGAAGAAAAGGAAGAAGAAUAAUUUCCGUGGAGGAAAAGGAAAUUUGACGGAGCGAGCAACAAUAGGCUGGAUUGCUUUGGAAAGAGUGAACGAAACAGACAGAGAGUGUCAUUGUGUGUGUGUGUUUGCGCGUAAGCAAGCGGUCAAGAACAGAACAGAACGAACUGCUAAUCCCGGGGCAUAGAAGAAAAAAAAGGCAUGUUGGUGAAGAUAUGAAGCGUGUGUUGUUUGUUGAGUAAAGUUAAAAGAUUACAGAGCGAAUUCAGCGAAUCGUUCAUAUCAGCGAAGAAGCAACGGCAUCAGUUCCCACCGGUAGUUAGGAAAAGUGCCAGCGAAACAAGUACCGCAAACGUACCUAAACGCACACACGCACACACGCAUCCACGCAGAAGGAGAAGCUACGGGGCUGCAGACCGACGCAACGCAACGCCAGUCAAACCAAUACACUCACUCACACACACUCGUACGCAUACGCGGCCGGGGUGAAGCAUUUGUGUUGGAAGCUUCGCUGGAUGCUGGAUACUGCUUGGUCGGAAAGGGGUCCAGUACAACUGUGUAGAGGUGGAGCAGCAGCAAGGAGCGACGAACGGGCAACGGCAUUGCAAGAGGAAGCAGGACCUUCUCCGCUCACGCACACCGCGUCGUCAUACUCUCUCUCUCUCUCGCUCGCUCUCCCCUCACCUGCGUCACGGCAGCUCCUUUGUGGUGUGCAGUAGGCAGUAGGCGGCAGCAGCAGCAGCAGCAGAAGCAGAAGAAGACCGUCGUCGUCGUAGUCGCGUCGAGGCGUUCUUGUGUGUGAAGCGCGCACGCGAGGUUCCAGUGCAGUCGUCGUCCCUGCCGGGGGUUGUUUCGUAGUGUAUUGUGCGCUCCAACUGGGUUGUCCCGCUGCCGUCGACUUCCCGGCCCCCGGACAGCAGGAGCAGCGGUGUGACGGAGAGCGCGUUUUUACUUUAUCGGUUCAUUUCUUUUAAUAAUGAGUGAUUAUUCCAACCAGAACUCGCAAAAUUUUAGUCAAUCGUCAGCAUUUGCAGCCGCUUUACAGAGAGCCAAACAAAUUGCCGCUAAGAUACACCCGGGUGGUCACCAGCAGCAGCAGCAGCCGCACCAACCAGUGAAGAGACCACACGACGAUCACGACUCCGGCCCAGAAUUGAAAAAGUUCGGUGGACAGUCUGAUUACAAUAAUGCUAGCUCGCCCACUGGCAUGAGUCAGGCUGCGAUGCAAGCCGCCGCCCAAGCUGCAGCAGUAGCCGCCCGUCUGUCGCAGAACAACAGCAGCAACAACCAGAACAGCUACAACUCCCCGAACGCUCCGCCCGGUGCCGGUGGACCGCAGGACCCGAACCAGCGCGUGCGCGAACUGAUCAGCAAGAUGGUAAACCACGGCCCCAUGGACAACGGCAAUCAUCCGGGUCAGGGUGGUGGUGGUGGUGGCGGUGGCCGUGGCGGCGGUGGUGGUGGUGGCGGUGGUGGCGGUGGCGGAGGCGGAUUCGGCACCUACCAGGAGAUGAUGAUACCCGGCUCGAAGGUCGGGCUGAUCAUUGGCAAGGGCGGCGAAACGAUCAAGCAGCUGCAGGAGAAGACGGGCGCCAAGAUGGUGAUCAUCCAGGACGGGCCGGGGCAGGAGAUGGAGAAGCCGCUGCGCAUCUCGGGCGACCCGGCGAAGGUCGAGCAGGCGAAGCAGCUGGUGUACGAGCUGAUCCAGGAGAAGGACGCGUACUCGCAGCGGCAGAACAUGAACGGGGGCGAGCAGGCGGAGGUGUUCGUGCCGAAGGCGGCGGUCGGCGUGGUGAUCGGCAAGGGGGGCGAGAUGAUCAAGAAGAUUCAGGGCGAGUCGGGCUGCAAGCUGCAGUUCAUACAGGGGCGCGGGGACGGUGCCGGCGAUCGGCGCUGCAUCGUGCAGGGCUCGAAGGCGCAGGUCGAGGAGGGCAAGCGCAUGGUGGAGGACCUGAUCGACAGCGUGCUGCGCCGGGAGCAGCAGGGCGGCGGUGGCGGUGGCCGCGGCGGAGGUGGAGGCGGAGGCGGUGGCGACGGUGGUGGCCACGGGCGGGGUGGCAUGGGCGGCAAUCCGAACCAGGAUAACAACUACAACAACUACAACGGCCCGCAGGUGACGCGGCUGGAGUACACGUUCACCGUGCCCGUGUCGAAAUGUGGUAUCAUUAUCGGACGCGGUGGUGAUACGAUCAAGCAGAUCAACCAGCAGUCCGGCGCGCACACGGAGAUGGACCGCAAGGCGUCGCUGAACCAGACGACGGAGAAAACGUUCACGUGCAAGGGCGAGCAGCACCAGGUGGACGAGGCGAAGCGGUUGAUACAGGACAAGAUCAACAUGGAGAUAAACAUGGUGUUCGUCGGGUCCUCGUCCGUGCCCGUCAACCAGUACCAGAACAAUGGCGCUGGUGGUGGUGGCGGUGGCGGCGGCGGAGGCGGUGGAGGUGGUGGCGGAGGCGGCGGCGGCGGUGGCCCUUACCAGCAGGGCGGCUGGGGCGGCUACCAGUCGCAGGGUGGCUGGGAGCAGCAGCAAUCGGCCCAGGUGAAUGCGGUCUCGGUGGCCGCGGCGGCUGCAGCGGCGGCCGCUCAGCAACAGCAGCAGCAGCAGCAGCAGCCGCAGGCAGAUUACUCGCAACAGUGGAUCGAGUAUUACAAGCAAAUGGGAAUGCACCGAGAGGCGGAAAUCAUUGAACAGCAGGUUAAGGCACGGCAGGCAGCUCAAGGAACGAUGGCAGCUAAUCAAACUGUGCAAGGUCAAACAGUGAUGGCAGCCGCGGGAGCCGGUGCACCUCAGCAACAGGCGCAGCCGCAGCAGCAGCAGCAGGUCGGCGGCCAGGCAGACUACAGUGCCGAGUGGGCCGAGUACUACAGGCGGAUCGGCAAGAUCGAGGAAGCGGAAGCGAUCGAGAAGCAGAUUGCGGCCAACAAGGUCUUGCAAGCACAGGCCGUUGCGGCAGCGGCAGCAGCAGCGGCGGCCGGCGGUGCCAACCAGCCAGGCGGUCCGGUUGGUGCCGGUGGCGGACCGUACGGCGGCGGGGGCGGCCCCGGAGCCGGUGGCCCACAGCAGCCCGGACCGGGCGGCUACGGAGGCCAGCAGUACCAGCAGUACUACGGUGGCGGCGGAGGCGGUGGUGGGGGAGGGGGCGGCGGCGGCGGUGGCGGCGGUGGACAACCGGGAUACGCCGGUUAUCCGUACGGCGGUGGCUAUCCGGGCCCGGGCGGUGCUCCGAACCAAUCGAAUGCAUCCAAUCAGGACAAGAAUUAGAGAGGAUGCGCUUGUGUACGUGUGUGUGUGUGUGCGCGCUGUUAAGUAAGCAAAGGA